AUGGACGAGAUGGGCAAGGUCGAGCAUGUCGAUAUCCUGCUUGUUGGAGCAGGCUUCGGCUCCUUCACUCUAUUGAACAGAGUCCGGAGACUAGGGUACAGCGUCAAGAUCUACGAGAAAGGUGCUGCAUCUGGUGGUAUCUGGUACUGGAAUUGCUAUCCAGGUGCACGUGUCGACAGUGACACCCCUAUCUACCAGAUGUUCGAUAAAGAAAUCUGGGAGGACUUCACCUUCAAAGAGCGAUAUGCAGGCGGCCCUGAGCUACGAAGAUAUUUCGACCAUCUCGAGAAGAAGUGGAACUUGAACGAGCACAUCACCUACAACAAGCAUGUCGACAGCGCUGUCUUCGACGAGACCUCCAAGAUGUGGCUCGUUGAGUGCUCUGAUGGCAGCGAGAUCUACUGCAAGUGGUUCAUCCCAUGCAUUGGAUUUGCUUCAAGAAGAUACACACCACCCAUUCAGGGUCUCGGAAAUUUCAGGGGUGACAUCUACCACAGCGCUGUCUGGCCUCAGCAUGGUGUCAACUUGAAGGGCAAGAGAAUCGCUCAGAUCGGUACUGGUGCCUCUGGUAUCCAAAUCGCCCAAGAGAUUGGUGACAAGGCCAAGCAGCUUACCAUCUUCCAAAGAACACCCAACAUGUGCUUGCCCAUGAACCAAAGACAACUAGACCCUAAGGAAGAAGAGGAGAAGAAGAAGAACGGCACAUACGAGCGAGAAAUCGAAAAGACAAGACACACAUUCGCUGGUUUCACAUACGACUUCCUGGAGAAGAACACCUUUGAUGAUUCUCCAGAAGAACGGGAGGCAUUCUACCACAAGUUGAUGGUUGAGGAAGGUGGCUUCAAGUUCUGGCUCAACACAUACAAGGACAUGCUCUUUGACGAGAAGGCCAACCAGGAGGCAUACAACUUCUGGCGAAAGACUGUUCUGAAGAGAAUUACUGACCCAGAGAAGCAGCGACUGCUUGCACCAGAGCAGGCACCACAUCCAUGGGGUACCAAGCGACCAUCGUUGGAACAACACUUCUACGAGACAAUAGAUAAGCCACAUGUCAAGAUCAUCGAUGUCAACGAGCACCCAGUGCAAGAAGUCACCGAGAAGGGGAUCAAGACAGACCUCGGUGAGGUCGAGUACGAUGUCAUCAUUCUCGCUACCGGCUUCGACUCCGUCACUGGCUCCCUUGCCCAGCUCAAUAUUCAGGGUAUCAAUGGCGGCACAAUCGCUGACCACUGGAAGAACGGUACAAGAACCAGCAUGGGUAUUGCCAUGCCUGAGUUCCCUAAUAUGUUCUUCUUGUACGGACCACAGGCACCAACUGCCUUCUCGAAUGGUCCUUCUUGCACACAAUUCCAAGCUGAAUUCUUGGAGAAGUUCUUCAAACAGAUACAGGAUGAGAAGAUCGUGCGUGCUGAAGCCACACAGGAGUACGAGGACGACUGGUGCAAGCGCAUGCACGAGAAGUGGGAUGCUUCACUCUUCCCACGAGCCAAGUCAUGGUAUCAAGGAAGCAACAUUCCAGGACGCAAGGUCGAGCCACUGAACUGGGCUGGUGGUAUGGUUGAGUAUGUCAGCUCACUCGAUAAGUCGAUCAGCAACGACUACGAGGGCUGGAAGAUCACCAGAGCAUAG